CUGAAAUUUGUACAAUAUCUGUUGCAGUAACGAUCUGGAACUAGCUCAAAUCCAUCUGAAACCUUUGGCAUUCCAAGGCUAAGUUGCUGACUUUGUUCGUCCGGAGACAUAAAUUUUAACCGAAGAAAUCAAAACCGCCGAUUUCAGAAGCCUGAUUGAUAGUAUGAAGAAAUUCUUAGGUUUACUAGGAAAAAUUGCGAUUGCCUAUAGCCUAAUGCUAUCGGUAGUUGAUGCAAUAAAUAAAAACAUCAACAGAGAUAAACGAGAUGUCACGUAUGGGAACUGCGUAAAUACGACGAGUGGUGAUUCUGCUGGUAUGCAAGUACUGACUGGCGCUGCUAUCGGUGCCGGGAUUGGCAGUGUCGUUCCCGGUUUAGGCAACAUCAUAGGUGCAGCGGUCGGAUCUGUUAUAGGCGCAGCGGAAGCAGCUGUUGGUGAAAAAGCACCUGCAAAUGGUUGUGCGAAACCUAAAAAUUAAAAUCGCAAGGACUUAUACCUGAGUUCCCGAUAGUCUAGGAGCGGGCACAGUUCAGUUUUUGAUCGUUCUGCGUAUCUCAAUACUUUACCAUGUGUACUGAGACGUGUGGAAGGAGUUCGAUGCGACCUUCACCACUUCCAAUCUGCGCGAAACGCUCCUAGACACUCGGGAACUCAGGUAUAAAUCCAAAUCGAACCUUGGGCAUAAUUGACGUUAUGACAAUAAAACGAUAUUGGGAAAGUUUCAAAAAUAAAAUCAAUUUUUGAAUGUUGACCAUU